CUGUUGGGCACAUUCCAAAAUACCCAAAACACAAGAAUCAGGGUUCUUGCUUCUUUUGGUCAUAAAUCUUUCCAAUGGCCAGACAAGCAUGGUUGGUUGAUCCUAAUAGGCUUGCAACAAAGAUUCUUAGUGCAUCAAGUGAUCCAAAAAGAACCAACUGGAAGAGUAAUCCUACAAAAGCUUGCCCUAAUUGCCAGUAUAGAAUUGACAACAGUGAUGUAAGUCAUGAAUGGCCAGGAUUACCAAGAGGGGUGAAGUUUGAUCCAUCUGAUCAAGAGAUUGUCUGGCACUUAAUUGCGAAAUUUGGAGCCGAAGAUUUGCAAACUCAUCCUUUUAUUGAUGAGUUCAUUCCAACAGUUGAAGAAGAUGAUGGAAUCUGCUAUACACAUCCUCAAAAUUUACCCGGUAUUAAGAUGGAUGGAAGUUGUUCGCACUUCUUUCACAGAGCAAUAAAAGCCUACAAUACAGGAACUCGAAAGCGCCGAAAGAUACAUGGUGAUAAUUUUGGAGAUGUUCGUUGGCACAAGACUGGUCGCACAAAACCUGUUCUCUUGGAUGGUGUACAAAAAGGUUGUAAGAAGAUAAUGGUUCUAUAUGUCAGCCCUGCCAAGGGUGGUAAACCAGAGAAAACAAAUUGGGUUAUGCAUCAGUAUCACCUUGGAACAAGCGAAGAUGAAAGAGAAGGAGAAUAUGUAAUCUCCAAGGUGUAUUAUCAGCAGCAGCAGGUUAAGCAUAAUAAGAAAAGUGAAUGUCAAUCUCCGAAUGGCCAUGAAUGUUUGACUGUCAAGGAGGUGAACUACAUUGAAGACCACAUGGAAACUCCAUUUCAGAAGUCUGGUAAUCAUGACCUAAUCACUGAGAAUCAAAUUGAUGAAAUGGAGGCGAAAAAUGAAAAUGAAGCUGGUGAUGACCCGAAAUGGUAUGACCUUGAGUCACAAAACAUAAUGGAUUCGCAGCAGCUUGCGGAAUAUAUAUCAUUGUGUGAUGAAUUUAUCAUUAGCCAAUCUCCAAGUAGGGAGGAUCAGCAAAACCAUAAAGAAAAGAAGCGCAAGACCUGUCUUUCUGAUCAUUAUGCAUGCCUGGGGGCGGAGGAUUUGAAAAAAGAUUUAGAGGAGUGCCAAGAUUAUGAGCAGCAAAACCAUAAAGAAAAGAAGUGCAAGACCCGUCUUUCUGAUCAUUAUGCAUGCCUGGGGGCGGAGGAUUUGAAAAAAGAUUCAGAGUGCCAAGAUUAUGAGCUUGAUCCAGCGAACAUUAUACUAGACACUCCACCUGACUUUCGGCUUAGCCAACUUGAGUUUGGAUCACAGGACAGUUUCAUUGCCUGGGGUGGGCACAAGAUUGGUUCUGAAGAGCAAGGAGAUUAACGGCAUCAUUAGACAGAUUUUGCUCCAAAGUGGACUGCUAACUCCACCAAUAUCGCUAUUUCUUUUUGAGGCCUGCUUGGAUGAACUAUGCCCGAAUGCCAGUGAAUGGUAUUAAUAUUUCAUGCAGUAUCUAGCUUUUUAACCUUAUGCCAUAAGGUCGGUCUUUUCCAUUUUUGAAGCCAGAUUAACUGCGUGUUCAAUGCUACUUAUUUCCUUUCAUGUUUUGUAACAAAAUUAUAUAAUGUAUAUAUGCUAAACACCUCAUGUCUGUUGGCAUAUUAACUAUUUUCCUCAUGGCCAAGCACGGCUUAUACACUGAGGCUUACCCUCAACCUACCAGUUACUAGGAGGCUAACCAAUGUUCUUAUUAUAGUUGUGUCUAAGAGGACAAAGCUCAUUUUUGGUUUGGCAUUUUCUCAACGAAAAAUGUUUGUUCUUGAAAA